UUUUUUUUUACAAGUGGGCUCGUUUCUUUUUAUUACAACUUUAUCAUGACAACUGAAAUUUUGCCGUUUGUUUCUGUCCAAGCGGAUUGGGAUCAGGUAGUUAGAGAAGUUGCUUCAAACACAAUUCCUAGUGGUUCAUUUUGGAUAGCUUGUUACCUAAAAGGUAAAGAAAGUGUACAAGGAUCCGUAGAGGUCAAUCGUACCAAGGAUUACGAAAUUACUCUUGAAGGAAAGGAUGAUGUUGUCGUUACUAAUUUGAAUUCGCGUGCCUUUAAAGUGGAGUGCCCUAAAUUAGGAAUAAAAGAUAUUACUGUCUAUAGCUCUAAACAAGAAUUUAGUUUAAUUAAAGAUAAGCCAGUUAAUUGUCUCGACAUUUCACCUAAUGGCCAAUUAUUUGCAGCAAGUCAUGAAUCAAAAGCAUCAAUAGGAUCAAUUAUGGAUGGCAAUAUUUCGACCGUACUUGAAGGUCAUGUUAGUGAUGUCACAACAGUUGAAUUCUUUCCAAGCAACUUGGUAGUUUUGACAGGUGGCGCAGAUUUCCAGCUUAAAAUCUGGUCUGUAUUAGAUGGUAGUAAUCCAGUCACUCUUAAAGGGCAUACUUCAGCUAUUACAAAUACCGCAAUCAUUUCAAAGGGACGUAAUGUGUUAUCUUCGUCUCGUGAUGGUACAAUCAAGUUAUGGAACUGCGGCACAUCCUCUACAAUAACUACAAUGGGUAAUUAUAAGGUACCCGUAAACAAAAUUAUCCUCACUCAACUUCCAUCCCAAUAUGAGGCAGCACCUAUAGAAACAUUAGAUCCUAUGGAGGUAGAAACAAGUGAUAAACUUGUAUUAGCUGCAUUAGACGAUGGAAGUGUACGAGGCAUUCAUUUAGGCACUAAAGAAGAGAUUUUUGCAAUACCUACAAAUGGUAUUCCCUUAACAGCUAUUGCAUUUGAUCAAGAAACGGAGAUCAUUUUUAUAGGCAAUAAAGAUGGCUUUAUGUUAGCUUAUUCUCUCAAAGAACAAAAGAUAGUAUCGCAGUGGAAGCGAAAUGGAUACAUGAUCACAUCUAUUGUUAUUAUGUUGAAUAAAAAUGGAGAAAAGAUUUUGUGCAUCAGUAGUGCGGACGGAAGUGUUUACCAAACAGCCUCUUUAACAAACACAAAAAUUCAAGUAGAAGCUGAGUUGACGGGGAAUGAAUUGGAAGCUGUUUAUGAUAUGAAGUUAGUUCCUACUAAACACGAAUCAGGAUAUCAACGAGUUGCGUGUGCAGUUCGAGAUGGGAAAAUAAGGAUUUAUUAGAAGAGUCAUAUUUUACUAUUGCAUAAAGGUCAUUAAUAUAAUAAAUUUCAAGUCUAAAAUUGCGAUGAUACUGCUUGUUUAUUGUCCAAACAAUUCAAAAGGCUUCAUGGAUAUAUUUUGCACUUUUUUUCUUAUUCUUUUUAGACUCCUAAAAAUUUAGAGACUUUCUAGCAAGUUUAAGCUAUGUAAUUACAGACAUGAACAUAAGUUUUUUUUUAAAAAAAAAA